GUCAGACGCUGUCACCAGCAACCACCGCCACCGAAAAACAUGGGGAGUGCCAUGCUGCGCCUGCGCAAGCAGUAUGUGACCGCCAGCACCGUACGCGGGCUGGGAGGAGGUGCCGGCGCGUGCGCUAUGGGGCCGCGCGAAGCCGGCCUCGGCCGGGCAGCCCGAGCGGGGGAGGAACAAAGAUGGCGGCCGGUGCUGCAGGAGUUGUUGUUGCCAUGGCGUCCUGCAGGAGGGCAGCAGCAAAAGGGAGCCCUCGUGCGGCCAGCCACCUCUGUGAGGUGUGAGCCACAGGCUGGCAGGGGCAAAAGUCUCUUGGCUUGUGAGAGGGCCUUCCUCUCCCUUCUCUCCACGAUGCCCCAAGCCUCUGAGCACCGCAUGAGCCGGGCGAGAGAGCAGGCCGUCAUCACUUCUCAGCCGAAAGCCACCACCAGGCUCCCCAAUGGACACCGGGCCCCAAGCCAAGAGCACCGCAGCACCUCCUCCAGCGGCUCCAACGGGCUCUCCGUGACCCCCAAGCUCCGGCCGCUGCCACCCCGGCCGAGCCCGCUGGAUGACCGGGGCAAGAAGCUGGAGCUGGAACGAGGCAGGGCCUCCAAGCGCAGCGCGGCCUCCCGGCGGGGCCCCGUGAAGGCCGACCAUGCGCUCAAAGUGCCCGGCUGCCCGCGGGACGGCGCCCUCUCCAGCAGCACCUCCUUCACCCUGCCCCCCGGGGCCCUCCUCGGCGGGCCGGACUCCGAGCGCCGCAGGAGCAACCUGGCGCGCUCCAAGUCGAUCAGCGUCAGCGACCUGAGCCAGGCCGGCAGCCGCGGGGAGGAGCAGCUGAGCACCCUCCUGAGCCGCCUGGCCCUCCGGGACCGCAGCCCCUCCUGCAACCACAAGCUGGGCCUGGGGGCCCUGGCCCUGAAGAGGAGCUCUUCCCUCCGCAGAGUCAACGUGGCGGCCGGCCUGGACGGAAGGCUCUCUGCCACGCCGUUGUCUGUCCGCCCGGAGGGCUGCUCCAGGACUCGCCCCAGGGAUCCGCAGGCCACGGACUAUGCCCACUCGCCAGACGCCCUGGUGCCCGCGAGCUCGCCCCCGAGCAAGGCCCCUCCUCCCGGCAGACUGGAAGAGAAGGCAUCCAAUACGCAUCACACACUCCUGCUGGGUUCCGGGCACAUUGGUCUCCGCAACCUCGGCAACACGUGCUUCAUGAAUGCUGUGCUUCAGUGCCUGAGCAGCACCAGGCCCCUGCGAGACUACUGCCUGCGUCGGGAAUUCCGGCAGGAGCAACCGGGCGCCCUCCGGGCCCAGCAGGAGCUGACUGAAGCCUUUGCAGAUGUCAUUGCCGCCUUAUGGCACCCCGAUUCCACAGAGGCCGCCAACCCUGGCCGCUUCAAAGCCGUCUUUCAGAAAUACGUGCCAUCCUUCACGGGAUACAGCCAGCAGGACGCUCAGGAGUUCUUGAAGUUCCUCAUGGAUCGGUUGCAUGUGGAGAUCAACAGGAAGGGACGCAAGACUCCCAGCAUCCUCUCAGACACCAAGCGGCCCCCAGUGCUGGAGGACUCUCACAGUUUGAGUGAUGACGAACAAGCCAACCAGAUGUGGAAGCGCUAUCUGGAAAGAGAAGACAGCAAGAUCGUAGAUCUCUUUGUUGGCCAGUUAAAAAGUUGCCUCAAGUGUCAAGCGUGCGGCUAUCGGUCCACGACCUUUGAAGUUUUCUGCGACCUCUCUCUCCCCAUCCCAAAGAAAGGCUUCGCUGGCGGGAAGGUCUCCUUGCUCGACUGCUUCAGCCUCUUCACCAAGGAGGAGGAGCUAGAUUCCGAGAACGCCCCGGUGUGUGACAAGUGCCGGCAAAGGACCCGAAGCACCAAGAAGCUGACCAUCCAGCGCUUCCCCCGCAUCCUCGUCUUGCACCUCAACCGGUUUUCCACCACCCGCUACUCCAUCAAGAAGUGCUCUGUGUUUGUCGACUUCCCCCUCCAGCAGCUCAACCUGAAGGAGUUUGCCAGCGAAAAGGGCGGCACUCCAGUGUACAACCUCUAUGCCCUCUGCAAUCAUUCUGGCAGUGUGCACUACGGCCACUACACAGCCUUCUGCAAGGACCAGUCCGGUUGGCGGGUUUACAACGAUUCCCGGGUGUCUCCGAUCAGCGAGAACCAAGUCCCGUCAAGCGAGGGUUACGUCCUCUUUUACGAGCUGGACGACGUACACUGGAAGAAACAGUAAUAGUAUUGAACCCAGCACUUUGGCCUGCCGCCGCUCUUACCUCAGAGACUGGUGCUUGGGCCUUUUUAAAAAAAAACACCAAUAAAACAUUAAAAAAAGACAGCCCCCCCCCCCAAAAGCAAAAACGAACGCCGCCGUGUGGGGGGUCUGUUUCUAAGAGCGACCCGGGUCAUCUGCGCCUCCUACUGUGAACACACCCAGGUUUUCUUUGAUUAUGCUUACCUUUUCCUUAAGGCCAGCAGGUCUGAAGGCAGGAGGGGGGAAGAAAUGCUUGCCCUGUGGACGGAUCUGGGUUGCAAGGGAAAGGCCGGCCAGAGCGCGCGUUUGGGGGCCUGUGAGGAGCUGUCCACGGGUGGCCUCUGCAAGGCUGACUUUGUCUGUCCGUCCCUCCGUCCGGUUCCUACCGCCAUCCCUUGGGGAGGUCCUGCCCGCUUCACGCCUCAGGCUGACGGUGGGAGCCACUACUGAUUUUUAGCGACCACGUGUGACUUUUGUACAUAAUGAUGGGUUUGUACAUAGACGCCGAGAGGAAAAUGAAGAGCUUGAAACUUCUUUUUGUGAAUAAAUUUACUAUUAAAAAACCAAAACACCUUA